AUGCCGACCCAGUCCUCCCCCCCAGGGGCUCAAAAGCUCCGAAGCACCGUCCGCAAGCUCGUCAAGAAAAUCAAACCUCCCAAGGAAGGACCCAUGCCGGGGGAACUCGACUCCACGGAAGUACAGCUGGCCAGGUUCUUCGGCAAGCCUGUUGCUAUUGCCUCCAUAGCCAGCAUGGAACAUCCGUCACCGGCACCCUCACUCGCUUCAUCAUGCCCAACGGGGAGUCCUGCGACGGAUUCAUACAAUUCGGAUAUAGCGUACGACUCCACCCGGACAGCGCACGUCACGGACCAGGAGAUAGCAGAGGGAACGCAGGAGAUGCUGCUGGACGACGAUUUCCUAGAGGGAGGAUGGCAGUUUUGGAAGCGGCUUCUGGCAGAGGAUUCUCGUUCGAGGCCAUCUCGAUCAGCAGUGCGUUUCGAAUGGCAAGGGCCAUGGGUUGUGUACGACCAGCAGUGA